AAAUUCAAUUCCCAUUUCACUUAUUAAUGGAAGCAACUAAAGUUGGUAACCAUGAUUUUUUGGUUGUGAUUUUAAGUGGGUAUCUAGAAUUGAUUUGGGAACGUACUCAUGAGAAUGAGACCAUAUUUAACUUUGCAGUGAAAAAUCGUCAUGUUGAUAUUUUUAAAUUGAUACAUGAGGUUGGUUUAUCAAAACAAAUAGUCCAAAAUUUUGAAGAUGAAAUAUCAGGAAACAAUCUUUUACAUAUUGCUGCACUUAAACCACCACACAGUAGACUUCGUAGUAUUGUUGGAUCAGCUCUCCAAAUGAGAGAACAAAUCUUGCGGUUUCAGGAAGUGAGGAACAUUGUGAUCCCUUCAUUAAGGAAUAAAAUGAAUUUAAGUGGUCAAACACCGCAAGAUUUGUUCACAGAAAAACAUAAUAAUUUGAUGAAAGACUCAGAAAAGUGGAUGAAGAAAAAUGCAAACAUAUGUCUACUCGUGGCAACAAUAAUUGUUACAAUAAUCUUUCAAGCAAAAUCUGAUAUUUCUUCUUCUGGGGAUGAAAAUACAAAUUGUGACAUCUCUAGGGAUCAAAAGGCAAAUUCGUCGAAUAUUGAAAGCUCCAUAGUAAAAAAUAUUCUCUUGAUAUCAAACACCAUAGCCAUGUCCUCUUCUUCAAUAGCGGUAAUGUUAAACUUGUUCAUAAUAAUUUCUCGUUUCUCUGAAGAUGAGUUGUUUCGGCCAUUGCCAAUCGCAUUCAUCGCGGGAAUUAUUUCGCUUUACAUUUCUAUAACUUUCAAGAUGACAAGUUUUUGCCUUACAUUCUUUAUUGGUACUAAAUCGUUAGCAAUACGUAUUUUUACUUGUUUUCUGGAGCUUUUGCCAGUAAAUUUAUUUCCUUAUCUUGUGUAUCCUAUUUUUAUUGACUUAUUAAAUAUGACAUUUUUCUCAAAGUCAAAGUUCAAGCCUGGAAAACGAGUACUUGGACGAUCGUUAUGAUUUUUAAUAGGUCAUAUUAUGUAAUUAAAUAAUGGUGGAGAAUUUGAAGGAUUAUUAAUUAGAGAUCUAUUAAUGUGUAAAUAAUAAUAUUGUAACUAUCUUUUGAGAGUAUAGUUCAUUACAUUUUAUGUUUUGUUUGUCUUAAUUAUUGGACGUGACUUUAAUUUAUUUUUGUUAAUUUUCAUUGCUCACUACAAAAAAUUAAAUCUUACUUUUAGUCACAAUAAAACUUAUGACUAAUUAUAAAUUAUCGUUCUUAUGUUGUAACUAAAAAGUUCAUAGAUAAAUGUAUUAGUCACAAAAUUAAAAUCUGUUGUGACUAAAUGUAUUUUUAAUUACAAUACUUGUUGUAUAAAAAUAAACUAAUGACAACAGUUUGAAUCUAAAUACUAUAUUAAUUUUAGUCACAAGUAACUUUUUAUUGUGACUAAA